CCCCAUCUGUCGUUCACACGAACUCCAGUCUUUCACAUUCAGUAGCCAAUAAGAUCGAAGAAAUGGUGGAAAACCGAUUCCACCUCUGGAGAUAAAUGUUGAUUGGCAUAUCAGAUAACCAAUAGGGAACGCCACUUUGUACCCCUUGGGAGGCACCGAUCUCCGCCGUCUCGUUUCCGGCGGUCGCGCGCUCUUUUCUCGGGACGGUAAAGGCCGUGUAGCGUCGCCGUUACUCUGAGCAGAAAACAGUCGGUGAGGGGUACAAAGAUGCAGAGCAAUAAAACUUUUAACUUGGAGAAACAAAACCACACUCCAAGGAAGCAUCAUCAACAUCACCAUCAGCAGCACCACCAGCAGCAACAGCAGCAGCCACCACCUCCACCAAUGCCUGCAAAUGGGCAGCAAGCCAGCAGCCAGAAUGAAGGCUUGACUAUUGACCUGAAGAAUUUUAGGAAACCAGGAGAGAAGACCUUCACCCAGCGUAGUCGGCUCUUUGUGGGCAAUCUUCCUCCUGACAUCACUGAGGAGGAGAUGAGGAAACUGUUUGAGAAAUAUGGGAAGGCAGGCGAAGUCUUCAUUCAUAAGGACAAGGGCUUUGGCUUUAUCCGCUUGGAAACACGAACCCUAGCGGAGAUUGCCAAAGUAGAACUGGACAACAUGCCACUCCGUGGAAAGCAGCUGCGUGUGCGCUUUGCCUGCCAUAGUGCAUCCCUUACAGUCCGAAACCUUCCUCAGUAUGUGUCCAAUGAACUGCUGGAGGAGGCCUUUUCUGUGUUCGGCCAGGUGGAGAGGGCUGUAGUCAUUGUGGAUGAUCGAGGCAGGCCCUCAGGAAAAGGCAUUGUUGAAUUCUCAGGGAAGCCAGCUGCUCGAAAAGCUCUGGACAGAUGCAGUGAAGGCUCCUUCCUGCUAACCACAUUUCCUCGACCUGUGACUGUGGAGCCCAUGGACCAGUUAGAUGAUGAAGAGGGACUCCCAGAGAAGCUGGUUAUAAAGAAUCAGCAAUUUCACAAAGAGCGAGAACAGCCACCCAGAUUUGCACAGCCUGGCUCCUUUGAGUAUGAGUAUGCCAUGCGCUGGAAGGCACUUAUUGAGAUGGAAAAGCAGCAGCAGGACCAAGUGGACCGAAACAUCAAGGAAGCUCGUGAGAAGCUGGAGAUGGAAAUGGAGGCUGCUCGCCAUGAGCACCAGGUCAUGCUGAUGAGGCAGGAUUUGAUGAGGCGCCAAGAAGAACUUCGGAGGAUGGAAGAGCUGCACAAUCAAGAAGUGCAAAAACGAAAGCAGCUGGAGCUCAGGCAGGAGGAGGAGCGCAGGCGCCGAGAGGAAGAGAUGCGGCGGCAACAAGAAGAAAUGAUGCGACGACAGCAGGAAGGAUUCAAGGGAACCUUCCCUGAUGCGAGAGAGCAGGAGAUACGGAUGGGUCAGAUGGCUAUGGGAGGUGCUAUGGGCAUAAACAACAGAGGCGCCAUGCCCCCUGCUCCUGUGCCAGCUGGUACCCCAGCUCCUCCAGGACCAGCCACUAUGAUGCCAGAUGGAACCUUGGGAUUGACCCCACCAACAACUGAACGGUUUGGCCAAGCUGCUACAAUGGAAGGAAUUGGAGCAAUUGGUGGAACCCCUCCUGCAUUCAACCGUGCAGCUCCUGGAGCUGAAUUUGCUCCAAACAAACGUCGCCGAUACUAAUAAAAUUGCAGUGUCUAGUUUCCCAAAACCCUUAAAAGAAGGACCCUUUUUGGACUUAGCCGAAUUCUACUCUGGAAAAGUGUUAGGGAUUCCUCCCAAUAGUUUAGGUCUUCCCUGCCUGUAGUACUCUAGGGAGUAUGUUGGAGGCAGAGGGUAAGGGAGGGGUGAUAUUUAACAAAUCAGUUCUAUGUGGUAUAUCCUUUCACUAAUCAAUUCUGUGUGGUGCAUUCCUAAAAUCUCAUGUGAUUGUUGAGAGCCUGCGAGGGCCAGGGAGCCAUGGCAAAAUGGAUCCAAUUAGAGCCCCCAUUAAUCUUAAUCAUUCCACUUUUUGUCCACCCUGUUCUAUUUGCUUUCUUGAGCCCCCCCCCCCACCCCAGUCGGUAAAGAAUCUGCCUGCAAUGAUGGAGACCUGAUUUCGAUUCCUGGGUCAGGAAGAUCCCCUGGAGAAGGAAAUGGCAACCCACUCCAGUAUUCUUGCCUGGAGAAUCCUGUAGACAGAGGAGCCUGGCAGGCUACAGUCCAUGGGGUCACAAGAGUUGGACACGACUUAGUGCACUGUCUUACCCCAGAGAUCCUGCCACAUAUACCACAAAAAUGAAACAUCCCCCAAUGACCUUGGCCCCACUGUUCCAAUCACUCCCAGGUGGGAAUUCAGGCACAUGUCCACAGAGGUCACAGACAACAUACAUACGGUUCUGUUAUGUCCCAUAUAUUACCCUUUCAUGUCCCAAGGAAGACAUUUUCUCUUAGAGAUUUUCAUUUAGUGUAUCUUUAAAAAAUCUUGUGUUAAACUUGCCUCCAUCUUUUUCUUGGGUAAAGACAACCCAGAAAUGGCCCUUUUGUGUCUGUGAUGUUGCCAUUCACAGCUUUGAUAGGCCUAGUACAAUCUUGAGAACAGGGUUGCUGUAUGCUGAAUGUCAGACGGUAGCUCUUAGCUUUGCCUAUCUUAGGUAGUUAUGCUGUGCAUUUUUUAUUGGUGUACCAUGUUUGAUUUGUCCCUAAUACCUUUGAAGUUUUUCUGAGAAAUGAAAUAAUGCAACAUGAACUUAUUAAAAUACAUUUUAAGCCUUUUAA